UAUUUCUUCUUCUUUUAAGAGUACCUUAACGAGGAAUUUACACUGCAUUAAAGACAACAGCUUUGUUCCCAAUGAUCACCAGUUAUUGGCUCAGAAAAUAUGGGAUUACUUGAUUCUUGGACAUGAAAUUUCAAAAAGUGAUGUUAUACUGGUACUAGGAAAUCAUGAUUUACGGACAGCUGAACAUGGUGCCAAGUUAUGGCUUCAAGGAAUGGCACCCUGGAUUCUGUUCUCGGGAAAGGAAGGUGCAAAUACAAGAGGAAAAUGGACAAAACCUGAAGCUGAAAUAUUCAAAGACGUGGCCAUAUCUCUAGGUGUCGAUAAAAAUCAAAUCUUGUUGGAAUCCAAUGCCACUAAUACAGGUGAAAAUGUACGCUUUUCAUACAACGUCCUAAAACAAGGAAACUUAUUGCCAAAAGAAAAGAUACUUUUGGUGCAGAUGCCCUACAUGGAGAGAAGAGUUUACGCCACAUUUAUGAAACAAUGGCCAGGUUUUUCGGAAACUCCAGAUUUGCAAGUUUUAGUGACAUCACCACCCAUCCCAAUGCUCAGUUACCCCAAUACAGAGGUGGGGGCAUUGCAUGACGUUAUUAGUGCUAUGAUAGGGUGUCUUUACAGAAUACAAAUCUAUCCACAGAAAGGUUUUCAGAUUCCACAGAUUAUCCCAGAUACUGUUCUUCAAAGUUACCAAAAGUUACUAGAAACAUCAAACAAACAUGUAUAAUGACCAUAUUGAUAUUUAAUAAUUAUAGAUUUUAUAUUUGUGCUGUUCCUUAGCGGAGCUGAAUUAUGCUUGAUGCACAUCAAUACUCAAGUGCUUUGACUGUAUAAUAUUCACUCCACUUUUACUCAUUAAAUAAAAUUGCACACAACAUUA